AGUCCAUUUCAAUUCCGGGUGCCGGGGCCUCCUGGCUCCUCCCCUGGCAGGGGCUCAAAUCACCAGCUUUCUGGCCUCAGUUCCUGAGCAGCCAGCCAUUCUCAGCAUCACUCACACAGCAAGUCCUCUGAGAAGUGAGGAGAGGAGUGAAGCUUGGGUUUUCUGCCUCAGGGCCAGCGAAGGAGACACAGCAGAAAAGCACGAGGUUCCUGGAGACAUGGAUUGGAAGCCAGACCGCCAAGCUGGGGAAGAAGAGGAUGCACCUGUGGAGGCAGAUGUGGGACAAGAUGGAGAUCUGUCUGAUGAAGAAAUAAGAUUUUUGGAAGAGUUUCCUGAGUGGAAAAAAAAGCAAGAAGAGUCCAUUGAAACACUUCGCAAGUUUGCAAAGCGUGCAGAUAGGGUCUGCAAACAGUUUGCCAAAAGAAAAGUAGUGAACAAAAUUUGCACCCUUGUCUCUGAAUCGGUGAGCUUUGCAGGUUUAGCUCUAGCCCCAUCAACAGCAGGACUAAGCCUGCCACUCAUAAUUUUUGGCCAAAGUUUGUCAGCAUUAGCUUCACUCAAGGGGAUUAAGACAGAGAUGAAUGAAAAAUCUUGCAAUGAACUACUCCUUUCUCAGGUAAACAGCCAAGUGCCUAACCCUGAUCAAAUGUUUGAGGACACUGGUGGAAAGACGAUCUCCUAUAUCAAAUCUGCUGGCCAGGCUUUGUACAAGUGUGGGAGAGCGGGGGAGGUUAUCAGCAAGGGAUUCCGUGUACUUUCAAAGUCCGCUAAAUCCCUGCCCAUAAUGAAAGCAGGUCCCUUAGUUCUUGCGUCUCUUGGCGAAGACGUAUACACUCUCUGGGAUAACUGGGGCAAACUGAAGGAUGAAGCAAAGGCAGAGCUCGCAGAAGAUCUAAGAGAUCGGGCUAAGGAGCUGGAAGAGGAACUAAUAAUAAAAACCAAACGCUACGACACACUGAAAAAGAAGAUCAUCACCCUGGAAAGAGUUGAGAGCAAAGCAGUUUAUGAAGUCCUCUUCAAAGGGAGCCAAGAAGACUCCAAAUCAGUCUCCAUCAAGGAAUGGAAAAGCAGGAUGCCAGUGUUCAGGAAACAGGCAGACACGGACCUCGGAGAUGCACUAAAGGGUCCAGGGCGGCAGCAGCAGCAGCAUUGCUGGCUGAGGGGAGCAAUCUUCCGGAAGGUCACCCGGCACCCAGACCUGUCCUGCACUACCUACACCUUAGAGGAGCCAAGUCAAGCCCGUGCUGUCUUGAAGAGGUAUAUCUUAAGGAAGUCUGCACUGUCACCUCACUGCGCAUCAACUGGAGAAAAGCAAAACAGAAACCGAAAAUGCUGGGCACUUCUCAGCAGUCCGGGUCUUCCUGGAAGUCACAUCUACAGCUCUCCUGUACACGCGGCGGUCAGCCAGAACCAGUCUUCAGAGUCCAUUUCAAUUCCUGGUGCCUGGGCCUCCUGGCUCCUCCCCUGGCAGGGGCUCAAAUCAUCCAGCUUUCUGGCCUCAGUUCCUGAGCAGCCAGCCACUCUCAGCAUCACUCACACAGCAAGUCCUCUGAGAAGUGAGGAGAGGAGUGAAGCUUGGGCUUUCUCCCUAAGGGCCAGCGAAGGAGACACAGCAGAAAAACACGAGGUUCCUGGAGACAUGGAUUGGAAGCCAGACCGCCAAGCUGGGGAGGAGUACGCAGGCUGGAGAGCACAGGAUGAUGAAAAGCUGUCUGCUGAAGAGAUUGAAUUUCUGGAAAUGUUUCCCAAGUGGAAACAGCAGCAAGAAAUGGUCAUUGCAGAGCUCUAUAAACUUGCACAUGACGCUGACACAGCACAUCAAAAAUUCACCAAAGCCAAUGUGACAGCCAACUGCUUCAGUGUAGCAUCUGGGUUGGUGAGCGUAAUGGGUUUAGCUCUGGCUCCAGUAACGGGAGGAGGAAGCCUGAUCCUUACAGCUGCUGGCCAAGGUGUGGGGUUAACAGCUGGGAUCAUUAAUAUUGUGACAGAUGUGUGGGAAAACUCUAGCACUGAAAACACCCGCACCCGGUUCAGCCACCUAGUGCCCUCUAGUGACGGAGCAUUCCAAGAGGACAUUGGAGGAGAGGGGGCAGCAUCUUAUGUCAGGGCUUCUGGAGAGGUCAUAUACAAGUGUGGGAGUGCUUUUGAGGUCAUCAGGCAGAAUGUCCGGGCCCUGAGGCUAGCUAAUGCCUACCCACACCUGCUGCCUGCAGCCAAACAACUUCGAACCGUUGGCCAAGUGUCAGGUCCAGUCAGCAGACACGUGCACAAGGCCUUUAAGAACACAGCCUUGGCCAUGUCACAAAAGGCUCUCCUGAAGAGCGGUGCUCUUGCUGCCGUUUCCCUUGGCUGGGAUGCGUACAGUCUCUGGAAGAAACUUCAGGACAAAGAAGGCACAGAGCUUGCAAAAGAGCUAAGAAGGCAGGCUUCAGAGCUGAAGGAGGAGAUUUCCCUAAACAUGAAGGUUUACGAGGCACUGCAGGAAAAGAAAUUGUUCAGAGAAGAAAGGCGUAAGAAGUCAUCAUCGAAAGGAACCAAGAAGGCUCAAGCUCAGCACCCAUCCAGAAAUGGGAAAGCAGGGUCCUCUGGGAGAGAAGGCAAGGGCCCUUUCCAGUAGUCUGUGUAAUCGGUGCCUGGGGACACACUCUUUGGCGAAAGCACCACGGCUUCCAAGAGUCAUGUCACCCACCUUCUGUAGAGUGAAUGUCCACUUGUAGUCAGUUUUCACCCAUACACAGCAGUCCUCACUAAGAUCAGUGUGACACAGGACACAUCCCUUAUUUUAUCUUUCUUUAUUUUUGGGUACCAGGAAUCGAACUCAGGACCUCAUGCUUGCAAGGCAGGUGCUUACGCCACAUUCCCCAUAUUCCUUAUUUUAAUUAGCAUUCCAGAGACCAGACAGUUGCUGAUGUGCUAGAACAUUUUCCUCACUUUGGGGCCAACACGCUGCAGUGUGGAAUGCUCCCAUUUAUCCGCGCAUGUCCAGUUCAAAGCCAGAUGUACGUUUUCUUGUCCCAGACUGAGGGAGCCAGGAAUGAAAGGGUGAGAAACAGAGGAGGUGGCAGAGUCAGAGUGCAGGACGGAAAGUAGAAAACAUUCCACAGGAAAAGUCAGGAAAUAUGGGAUGAACCCACCGUGGAGAAGUACUCUGCCAUAAAGGGUAGGAGAGCCAUUUUUAGGAAAAUGGAUGAUGCGCCUCAAGAUCAAGCUUCAGUAUUGCAUGACGUCUUUUAAUAAGACACCCAGAAUAUAAGUAAAGAGGAAUUGAAAGAGGGAGCUGCAUCUUUUGCCAAUGGGAAGCAGGUCAAAGAUGGGGUAAGGAAGAGGGGAAUAAAAAGAAUGAAGAGGUGUUAAAUACACGGAUUAUGCCUUAAGAUGGAUGUAAACGGCACGCACUGCAAACAUGUCCCAAUAAAAACCAAAAAGAAAGGUGUGGAAAA